AUGGAUGAAUGUAACCAGCUACUCUCUACCAAUGUUCUAUCGGAUUCAACGUUUUCAGAAUAUUUACAAGCAGACUGCAAAUCGUUAACGUCCGCAGUCAGUCAAUUGUUGCCUGAAAUUGAUAAUCUUCUAAAAUUGUGCCAAUUCAGAGGGGAACAAGAGAUUUCAUCAAAGAGUUCACCUCAGUCAAAACAAGUGCAUGACACCACCACCUUUCCGAAAGAUGGAAGCGAUGAUAUUGAAAACACUGAAUUGGUGCGUACACUACGUGAACAGUUGUCAACUGCUCAUCAAAUGUUAACUGAACAGCUGCCUGUAGAUACAAAGAAUGCUCUUCUUGAAACAAGUCAAAUUGUCGAAACAGAACGUAUUCAACUGCAAGCUGAAAUGGAUCGUAGAAUGUUAGAGUUUGAAAGAAAUCAUAAUGCAUCAAUAAUUGAAUUGGAAGCAAAUCGACGUGAUUUAGUUAAACAACUUGAAGAAAUGGAAGUAUAUAAUCGUGAAUUAAAAAAUGAAAUCUUUUCAGUUCAACAAAAACUUCAAGCUAAAGAAAGAUUUUUGAAUGAACAAACAGAAGAAAGAGAACUAGAACGAGAAGAAUUCCGUAUUGAAUUGAAUCGUCUUAAGAAUGAACUGGACGCAAAAAAAUCUCAGCUUAUGUCGUACAAAUUAAUGGAAGCAGAUGAUACUGAUUCGUGUACAACACAAUUAGGUAUGAAAGAGACAGCCCAGACUAACUGUAUUCCAAAUUGGAUAUCUAAUAUGAAACUAGAGAAUCUAGUUCAAAGUGAAUCGGUUAAACCAAGUAUUCAAUCAUUUGUAAACUCAAAGUCAUGGAAUACACAAUGGAAUAAAUCUCAUGAUUCUGAUGAUGACAGUUCAACUGGAAACGUAAAUACUAGUGCAUCGAAAGAUCAGUAUAGAUAUUCAAGUACUGAGAAUAAUUGGCAACCUUAUACUAUCCCACCAAUGAUUAAUAACAGUAGUUUUCUUGAUUCACGAGAAAAUACACCAGAUAAUAAUUAUAGUAUACGAAGUUAUCCAGACGAUGUGAAUAAAAAACAAACAACAUUAGUCGACGAUUCAAAUACCUAUAUACAGCAUGAAUUGAACUUAUGCGAUGCUUCCACACAGGGUACUGAAUCAGUUUUCGCUUUUAUGUUACAUAGUUUCUUUAUCAAAGAUUAUGAUUUAUUACUUUUUAUGCAGAUAUCCUUUGAGGAUGAAGAAACAGGAUUUAAAUAUCAGUUUGCAAAGCAAAAUACAAAUUUCACUAAUCAAUCCUCUGUGGCUAUUCAAACAGAUAUAUGUCCUGCAGUCACUGUUGAUGCAGCUAGUGAGACUUGUAAUUCAUGUGAAGAACUGGAUCUCAUUCAGUCGGAUUCUGACGGUACAACUACAAAUAACCGAUAUACCACUCGUAAUGCUAACCAACCGACACGAACUACAACUACCACACGAAUUCGUACGUUUAAUACAACUGCAGCUGCUGCUGUUCUUAGCCAUGUUACAGUUAGUGAAGAAGAAUCAGUGGUAACUGUUGUAGACGAACCAGAAUUGUCUGAACCUUCACCUGUCUUCGAUAAUCAGCAGAACUCCCUUCAAGAUCAAAUUGAAAAGUAUAAACUAGAAAUCGACAACUUGAGGAGACAACUUGAAGCGCAUAGAAAGUUACAACAGAAUGAAUUAUUGAGUAUUGAACAACCAAAACAGGACCGUGAUACACAGACUCUUGUACUAUGUCGAGAUAACUGUAUGCAAACAGUAAAAUUAAGCGGUUCAUUCACUCAGUACGAAAGUUUAUCACUUCAGAAAAAGCACCACCGAUCUUUGCCAACCUUGCAUUCACCAUCCUUUUCAUCCAAUGCUGAAGAUACAGGCGUAGAAAUGUCUCAGGGUCUUGUAGACUCAGCAAGUGUAGAAUCUGUUUCACUGCCAACAAAGAAAUCUCCAAUUGUUCAGGACCUGAUUUCUUUAAGGAGUGAUCGCUGUUCUUCACCUGAAGAUGAAAAUCUACAAACUGUGAUAGGCUCGCCGAUGUCUGAUAAAGACGAUGAUAUGGAAGUAGAAAUUCCGGAGAUAAUAUUAUCAUCAAAUCAGGAAUCAGUAAAUCCAUCUCCAAAUGCUGUACAGGAUGCCAACCAUGAUACUCUUGAUUCUGUAGCACCUGGAACACUAAAUCCAGACAGUGAGAAUACCGAUGAUGCAGCAUCCAUGGUACCAAUCUCCGAAGUGUCGAAAUUAAUUGAACAACUGACAGAUUCAGAGAUACUUAUUAAAACAUUGCGUAAUGAAAUUGAUGAUCUUACUAAAUAUCAAGUUGAAUUACAACAUGAUUACAAUACUGUACAUGAGAUGUUAGUAGAGCGUCAAAAUGAUCUUACUCGAGUUACAGAACAACUACUUGAAUCAGAGGGUAAGCUUAAAAGUCUUAGUAGUCAACUUGUAGAACGUAAAGAUGUUCUUUCGGAACGUGAUGAAGAUCUUUUCCUUCUUAAUGAGGAUAAAAAAUCAUUAGAGUUGAAGGUUACAGAAUUACAAUCUGAGAUUGAAGAAUUAAGACGUUUGGUUAAAUGUUACAAUUCAGAAAAUCAUGUGCUAUCCGUAUCAGUACAAGCUGAUCUUCCUAAUCCUCAGGCGGUUAUGGACGAUAAAAUGAUUCAAGUUAUGAUGAUGCCUUCUUUGAUUGAUUCACAAUACCGUUCCAUCUCUGAUGAAAAUAAGAAUAUGCUUGAAGAUAGCAACCAUGUCUUGAAAGAAUUGACCAUACAACAACAACAACAACAACAAGAGAACGGAAUUCCUCAGCUAUGGGCUUCGUCUACUCCAAAAGAAGAGGAGUCACCUAAUUCGACAUUUACGUCAACGGAGAAUGAUACACCUACUAAAACUAUAUCAGCUGAAUUAAAUACACUAACUAAUCGAUUGAGGGAGGAAAGUGUUCGACUGGCAACAGCAACUGCAAUAGCAACUUCUCGACAGCCUGUCUGUGAGCGAUCAUCUACUAUCUUAGCCAACAAACCAAUCAGCCAAACAGAAGAAGCUAUAAAAGUUGAAGCUGAUGCAUUGUCUGCUCCUUGGAUGAAUGAAAUUCGUGAAACCUAUGCUCAUCUGAAAGAAGCAGUCAGUGAAGUCUCCAAGAUGGUAAAUGACAAUACAUGGAUUAAAAAAGAACCGUCAGAUUUCGAGGAUGCUGAAGAAUCAAUGAGAAAUUUCGUCAACCGACUACUUGUUUCUUUGAGCAAAGCGCUGGAUUCUGACGAAAAACUAUGGCUUUCUGCACUUACAACAUCUGUUGAUCAAACCUAUGCAAUUAUUCAAAAUAAGAUUGGUGUACAUUCAAAUUUAGUGGAACCGCUCACUGAAGGCAUUCUCUGUAGAAUUAUACAACAGUUAACUGAGAGGAUAUCUGCGUUUAUGCGACGUGAAGAUGAGUUUCGUAAAUGCCUCGUAGAAGUUCUUCAUGUAGAAGAAGCUUCUUUCAAAUCGGAAUUGAAAACUCAUAUUAAUCGUUCUGAUACAUUGAUGGAAGAGAUCAAUCGAUUGACUCAACUUGUAAGUUCAAGAUCAGAAGAAUUGGAUCAUGCUAACAAUCGAACCAAUGAACUUUGCAGUCAGUUAGGUGAUUUAAAAGUUGAACUAGUUCAUACACAGCAUGAAUUACAAUCAAAGUCAAAUGAAGUUGAUAAUCAUCUCACAAAUAUUGAACAUUUAAGAUCACAACUAUCUGAAGAAUUUGCUAAGACAGGGAAACUGCGUGCAGAACUUGAAAGCCUUCAAUCAGCUAAAGUUCAAGUUGAACAUGAAUUAUCAUCUUCGAAUAAUUUAGUUCAAGAAUUGAAAACUUCAUUAUCAAAUGAAAAGAGUCGAGCACAAACUUUGAAAGUUGAACUGGAUCAGUUAUAUGACCAAAUUAAGAAGAAUACCCACCGCCCAAUAUCUCGUCCACCAAAGGAGUACAGCAUUGAUAAUGACAACAAUAAUCAUAAUAGUGUUAAUGGCAACAUGAUAGCAAAUGAAAAUAGAGCGCCUACUGAUAAUUCUUGUUCUUCUUCUUCAAAUCUUAAUCGAAAUAUUUAUCAGGCUAUAAAUCUUGCCACUGUUCAUUUAGCAUCUACUCGACGUGAUACAAUUAAAUUACAAAAUCAAGUGAAAGAAUUACAGACAACUGCUCAAGCUUUACGCUUAAAUCUCGCUGAAGCAGAACUACGUCUUAUGCCCACCUUAACAUCUUUUGUACCUGACGCGGCUUUGAAUCAUUCAUCAAAUGGAAUUCGUGAUCCACAGUGUUGUAUUCCUAAUCAAGUUACUGCGAAGAAGAAGUCAUCUGUAAAUACAAAUCAAUCAGAAUUACCAAGUGCAAGAUUUGCUAAGCUGAAAAAUGUGUGUACAGAUUUGUUGUCACGUGUAUCAAUGGAUGAACACGAUAUUCAUGAGAAUGAUGAUGAGCCUGAUGAUGACGAUGACGAUGAUGGUGAUGAUGAUGAACAUGAUCAAUAUGCAAAUUCAUCAGAUGAUGACAGUAUUGAAGAGAAUAUAUUCCUUGGAACUGGAAUUCUAAAUCCUCUAAUAAGUAGAAGUCGUCGGAAUAAUGGGGAACAUGAUAAAAGUUUCUCACGUAAUAGUGGUAUAUCAAUAUCAUCUACUCAUGAUCAAACACAGAAUUACACUAGUACAUUAGAUAAAUCUACGGUAUCAAGAAACAAAAGAAUUAACAAAGUCAAUAAUUCCAAUUACUCUGCUUCCAACAAUCACUGUCAAAAAAUUGUCGAUUCAUCCUCUUGUAUGCCAGUGUAUUCAAACAAGUUGAAUAGUCCUAUACAAACUCUACCUAUUAUGACUACUAGCAUACUAUCUUCCUCUGGUCAGAUAGCUACAACAGAUCAAACUGUAUCUGUGGAACGAUAUCGUAGCCUUUAUACUCGCUGCCUUCGUGCAGAAAGUUAUCGUCGGGCUUUAUCUUUCCAAAAACGCUAUCUACUUCUUCUUUUGGGUAAUUUUCAAUACUCUGAGGAUGUUGUGAUUGCAAAUCUUGGUUGUCCAGAAUCUCGAAUCACUCCACAAGUGGAUUCUGAGGAUGGUUUUCCGUCGAAAUUUAAUUCAAGUCCACUGCAUAAAUUCCGUACAGUUGGCCGCGUUGUUCAAGUGAUUUAUCGAAUGAAACAUUUGGUAAAUAAAUGGCGACGUGUUGGUAUACUAAAUACUCCUUCUAUGCAGUCUACACCAUUAAAUAACACAGAUUCGCAUAGGAAUAGUGUACGUUCAAACUCCUAUCAUAUCACACCAUUUCAGUCUAAUUCAUUUAAUCUUCAAACAGAUCAUGCAACUCGAACUAAUCGACAUUUGAAUGGAUCUUCACGGACACCUUUAAGAGAAUUAUACACUGAAGAAUCCAAUAAUAUAUCUGGAUCCCCAUAUAGAAACUCUCCCAAUAUCAAUGGAAAUACUUUUUUAUCAAAUAAUUCAGUCUACCCUCCUAGAACAUCAUUAUCAUCAUCAUCAUCAGCAGCAGCAGCAGCACAUGCUGUUCAAGCUUCUCCUAAUCUUCAAAGUCCAUUUUUGGAUAAUCAUACUGUCUCUACCCUCGCCUCUCAUAGAUGGCGUCCUCAUUCAUCAUUCACUCAAUCCGCAUUAGCAGCAGCAGCAACAACAACAACAUUAACGACUACAACGACAAAUCCUAAAGCAAUUCCAAUCUCUAGACAAGUGCCUAUUACAUCUAUCCCAGUUUGUACAACAGGUGUUUACGAUCAUCGUUCCGCAGUAAGAAAUCAUCAAUCUUCUUCAUCUUCCUCGAAUUUAUCAAUUGAAAAUCGACGUCGUAUUUCUACAACAACUUCAUCGACAUUUUGCAGAGUUGAUUCAACUCAAACGCACACAGUUCGAACUAUUAGUCAUAGUCAUAAUCAUCAUAAUAAAAAUCAAAUGAAUCCAAUUCAUAAACGUUCUAGUUAUAGUUGA